UCAUGAAGUUCUUGUUUCGAAAUUUUUGUCUCAGCUUAAAUCGAAACUAUUUACUUAUGAUCAAUGGAAGUAACAUAAUUCGUGCACAUUUCUAUUAAUAAUAUAAUACUUGUACAGUUAAAGAUAGAGUUUUUCAAAACAGAAAAUUAUUCAGAAUGACAGUUUGUGAACCUAUUUAAAAUAAAUAUGGAAUUCCCUUUUAAUUUAGACGAUAUUCUUCCAGGAAGAAUAACUGUUUUAGACAACAGAGAUUCUUUUUCGAAACUAAAAAUAUAUGACUUGGCUUUGGGACCUGAUUGCAAUAAAGAAGGAAGUGGAAGUUGGUCGUAUACUCAGUCUUCUAACGCACCAUGGGAUAUAAAAGUUAAAAAGAGAAAAGAACGUCUAGAAAUUGUGCUUGAUGAAAUAGGCAUUGCUUCUGCACAAGCUCAGGACUUGCACUCAACAAUUACUACUUUUAAGAAACUUAUCAGCUCUAGCCAGCAAAGGAUUUAUACUAUCAGAGAUGUUAGUGAACCCAGAAGGAUCAUUGGUAUGCUUAAAGUUGGAACCAAACGAUUGUUUGUUUGUGAUGAUGCUGGAGCUUAUCAUGAAGUGGAUCCUCUUUGCGUUCUUGAUUUUUAUAUCCAUGAGUCCAAACAACGAUGUGGUUUCGGACAUGAAUUAUUUGAUGCUAUGUUGAAGGCUGAAGGACUAGAUCCUGCAAAAUUAGCAAUUGACCGACCAUCUUUCAAAUGCCUUGCCUUUUUAGAAAAACAUUACAACUUAAAACAACCAUCAAGACAAAAUAACAAUUUUGUUAUAUAUCCUGGUUUUUUAACAGACAGACUUGUUUCAAGGCCACCCAUAUUUCUUUAUAGUGAGAAAGUUUUAGGAAAACAGUGUUCCAGCUCUACAAAGCAAAAAAAUAGUUUAAUGGAUGCAAGUUUAACAAAUUCUGAUUCUUUGAAUUGUGUGAAAGUAGCAGUUUCUCCAAAGGAGAUAAAGAACAAAACAUUUUCUUCGUCUACUGGGAGGUUUUUGAAUUGGGAUGAUACUGAAAGCAAUAGUGAUUCUAGAAAGAAACCACAAAGUAUGACAGGGAUAACAUGUAGACAAGCAAUUAGUUAUUGUUGGAACAAAGGAGAAAAGAGUUGGGGUGUAAAUGAAGCUCUUCAUAGCUAUUCUGUCAGUGAUGGUGAAUCUCAUGGCUGGUGCAACAAUCCAACAAACUGUGAAUUAACUCCUAUCAACACUGUAUCAACUAGUACUCAGAAAAAAUGGAAUGAGCAGCUCCAGUCUUCAUGGAACAUUCUGGGAGUAAAACCACUGGACUAUUCACCUUUUUAUAAAAAAUAAUUCAAAGCAAUAAUACACAAGAGAUUUAUUAAUCUUCAUGUUUAGAACUGUGAAAAUUUGUGGUUUGUUCUAUUUACAUAUAUAUUUAUAUUUUACAGAGAGAUUACAUGUUUAUAUCUUAACAAGGAGUAAUUUAUUUAUUUCUAUAAUUUUUUUAAAUCUUAUUUAAAAUAUUGUUAUACUAAUGCAAUUAAAAUUGAAAUCAGGUUCUAAUUUAAUAUUUUAUAAAUUUUGCUUGACAGCUUUCUUU